GCUUUUGGAACAAUGAUCUGAAAAACAUGGGCUAUAUUUCAAUGAGUUUCCCUGUUUUUCUAAUUAAAGCAACAUAAGCAAAAUGAGAGAAUCUUAAAUAACGUGCUUUUUACUCUAGGCAUAAAACAUCCUACUAAAAUCGGAGCACAAUAAAGCGUAGCAGUUGUGUUUGUAUUGUUCUGCGAAAAUCAGCGGAAAAGUUACUAGUAAGUGACAAACAUUAAACUACAGAAUUAACGUACAGAUUGAUGUGGUAAACUUUAUUCCUACAAGCCACGCCUAUUCUGAAUAUCGACCAAUGGAAAACAGGAGUUUCUGUACGGAUUGACGAAUCAGCAUAUCGGAUGCGGGCAUUUCCUGGUCCCUUAUUUGGGAUUGGGUCAUAGCACCAUCUGUGGGCCGCCAUUAUGGUUUCAGAAGUAAAAUUUUGUUGAGGUGUUUUUUGGCCAGAAGGGGAGCAUCGAGAUCCAGAUAAGGAAUAUACGGAUCAUUCCCUCUUCGCUUUCUCCUGGCAAAUCGGGAUGAGACGGAUGGGCACUGCAGGGUUAACAGAGUAAAACUUUUAAGUGGCUUUUUGAUCCAGCUAGCCGUGCAGCUGGCUGGGUUGACGGCUGCGGCGGUGAGAAACAAGGGCAUGGAGAGCAGCGCUGAUGUAAGCAGGUCAGAAGAGGAGAGAAAGAAGAAGAAACGUCACAAUAUCAGUCGGUACCCGUGUAGAAGGAUCGUGAAAGGCCAUGCUUGCUCUUAGAUAUGCCUAACUGCCGACGAACCGUCAUGACAUGCCGUUUUACAUUAGUGAGGUAGCACUAUAUUGUAGACCAGCUAUCCAGACAAGGAGGGCAUCAUCCAAGAGCACUGUGCUUCGGGCAAGCAGAAUGUAUAUAUAUCAGCUGCUUAGGACAGGAUGCUGAUCGUUGCUUAGAUUCGUAAAUAAUCGUUUCAAAUGUAUACGUGUCUCUAACCUGAGAUAUUUACUUGUUCAGCUUUUCAGUGAAUGCCCUGACACAUCGACCUGGAGCUCGUUUCUCGAGUGUAUUUUAAUAGGAAGCAAAGCCCAACCCCCCCGACCAGCUCUUCAACUAAAAUAACAUUUUUUUUUUUAUUGUCAAAGAGGACUGUACAGGCAGUCGGCUAGCUGCCUGAAAAUUUGGGUCGGAGAAUCGCCGAAGGACAGACGUCUCUAUUUUUUUAAAAAUAUAUAAAUACAAUUACAAUUCAGAUAAACACGUAUCGAUUAUUUUCGCGGGAUUCGUCCAGGACCGAGGCGUGUCGAUCUGAUUCCCUGGUCACUCCGGCUGUCGGACCCCAGACACGAGGGUGAUCAAACCGGAAAGUGUGGCUGCGGUUGUGUCCUAGUGGACCUCAGGAUCGGGGGCGUGGGGGCCUCAGACAAGCCACUGGUGGUUAAAGUGUUUGGAUACUGAGGCUGUGAGUGUGAGCUGCGAGUGUGUGCCUGAGGGCACUGUUGCAGUAAAGGAGGCAGCAACUGAAACCUGCCCCGGUGUCCAGCGAGCGGGACUCGACUGGCUGGUGGGCGUGGCCGGCGGGCUGGCUCCUCCCCCACCCGGCAGCAGCGUGCGCUCCCAGCCACCCGCCUGCGCCUCGCGCUCGCCCAGCCUGCGUGCCCGAGCCCAUGCCCCCGGCAGUGCGCGGCCCAACGCCAUGUGCCCCCCGCACGGCGUGGAAGCGGGCAAGCAUGGCACGGGCCAGGGCCAGGGGCGGGACCAGGGCGGCUGCGGUGGCACGGGCGUCCCGCUGGAGCCCUUUGUCCACCAGGUGGGCGGCCACACCAGCAUGAUGCGCUACGAUGACCACACCGUGUGCAAGCCGCUCAUCGCCCGCGAGCAGCGCUUCUACGAGUCACUGCCUCCCGAGAUGAAGGAGUUCACCCCCGAGUUUAAGGGCGUGGUGCUGGUGUGCUUUGAGAACGACAUCGAUGGGUACAUCAACCUGGUGGCCUACCCCUACGUGGAAAGCGAGGGCCUGGAGCAUGAGGAGCCGGCCGAGAGGGACCAGCCCCGCAGGAAGCACUCUCGCCGCAGCCUGCACCGCUCCAACAGCGAGCACCGCGACGAGCACCCAGCCCACGAGGGUGACAGCGCUGAGAGCCCCCGUCUGGAGCUGAAGAUCCACUCGGAUGUGCCCUUCCAGAUGCUGGACGGCAACAGCGGCCUGAGCUCCGAGAAGAUCAGCCACAACCCCUGGAGCCUGCGGUGCCACAAGCAGCAGCUGAGUCGCAUGCGAUCCGAGUCCAAGGACAGGAAGCUGUACAAGUUCCUGCUGCUGGAGAACGUGGUGCACCGCUUCAGCUGCCCCUGCAUCCUGGACCUGAAGAUGGGCACGCGGCAGCAUGGCGACGACGCCACCGAGGAGAAGGCCGCCCGCCAGAUGAAGAAGUGUCAGCAGAGCACGUCGGCCACACUGGGUGUGCGCGUCUGUGGUAUGCAGGUGUACCAGGUGGACACAGGACACUACCUGUGCAGGAAUAAGUACUACGGCCGGGGGUUGUCCAUCGAUGGCUUCCGUCAGGCGCUCUACCAGUUCAUGCACAACGGGCUGCAGCUGCGGGUGGACCUGUUUGAGCCCAUCUUGGGCAAGCUGCGCAGCCUGAAGGCCGUUCUCGAGCGACAGGCCUCCUACCGCUUCUACUCCAGCUCAUUGCUCAUCAUCUACGAGGGCAAGGAGGCUGAGGCGGGUCCCCGGCAGGUGUCGUGUGACGGGGCCUCCGAGAGGGACACGGUCCCGCUGGGCCCAGCAGCUCCAGAACCAUCCCUGUCCCUGGGGAUCCCCACACCAAGUGUGGACGUGCGCAUGAUCGACUUUGCACACAGCACCUUCAAAGGUUUCCGUGAUGACCAGACCGUACACGAUGGGCCCGAUAAAGGCUAUGUUUUUGGACUGGAGAAUCUGAUCACGAUUCUGGAGAGUAUCCGGGAGGAGAACCAGUAGCUACGGUGCGCUGGACGAGGACAGCCUCUCGUCAAUCUCCUCUACCAGAGCUCGACCCCACCUACCUACCUUAAAAAGAAAAAACAGAAAACAAUGAUCAGGAUCAUACUGGAGAAACAACACUGUUCUCAGUGCCAUGGUAACGAACGCUUAGGGUUGCCAGAACCCUUGUUACCCCACACUGGAGAGCUUUGAGGAAAUGGCGAUCAUAGUAUGGUAGGAUCUGCUUAAUCCAGUCAUCGGCAUGAAUGCCGCUGCCAUCCCCUUGAAAGUAAGCAGUGUUGGGCAGUUCUCGUGGGUUUGUCGCCACUGUGUGGCCGUUUGGAGCAUUGCACCGAAAACCAGAGACAACGCUUGCAUCUAAGGGCAGGUUCAGGGUCGUGCCCUGCCGUUCCACUGUGGGGUCACUACAAGGAGAUGCGUGCAUUUAGGACAUGUGGGUAGUGCUCAGGGGAUGGCCCCUCAGAUACUGCUCAGAAGGAUAAUUCUGUUAGGCCAUUAGGCCUGGUGGAAAUGUUUUUGGAAGCUAUAUAAUAACAGGAGUUAUUUAAUCUUUAUUAUUAGAAGGGGAGAGAAUAUUUCAUUUUAAAUAUCACAGCUUUAUGUACAUCUGAUAUAUAGCUGGUCAGUUUUUUCCCCUAUAAGCUUCUAGUCAGUAAAUUCACUUUCAUUUGUUUUUCCAUCCUGUUCAAGAUUCAUACCAAGCUAAUGAUUUCACUGUAUCCCUUAGCUGUCUGACUUUGCCCCUCAGCUUACAGAAGGCCAGGCAAUCUAAGGGCUGCCACUUCGCAGCCCUGACUUCUUUUUUUUUAAGGGUGUGUGCAUUUGUGUGUGUGUGUGUGUGUGUGUGUGUCUGUCUGUCUGUCUGUCUGUCUGUCUGUCUGUCUGUCUGUCUUAGAAACUUUCCUCCAUUCAGGUUGGUUUGCGAUCCCAAAAGAAAAAGCCACCUUCUGACUUGCACUGUGGGAACCGGAUCAAGAACCUGUCAGAAGUGUGAUUCUUUCGUCUCGUUUUCUUCGUCCUGUUGUUCUUGACCUUUUUAGAGUUUGGGUCAAGGGUCAGAGCAAGAGAGAUUGCACUCGUAUACUGUGGACUGUGUUACUGUAUUCCUCCAUCAGCACAUGUAGCAAAAACAAACGAAAAAAACCAUGAAACAAAAGUGACAAGAUAUAACCAUACUUGACCUUUCUCUUGUUCUGCUCGUCCUGUCGCUCUCAGCACAGCCAGAGAUGGCAUCUUAAAAAAAAAAAAAAAAAAAAAAAAAAAAAAAGACUGUGGGUUAUCAUCUUAUGGGGUGAUUUUAUCCCUGCCGGUACCACGACACGUCACAGGACCUGACAUGUCCCUGAGUUCCCUGUGAGCCCAACGGUUUGGAUGCUGGUCCUGCAAGCACAUUUGAAAGCAAGCGUGUCACCAGGUGAUGAAAUCCCACCCCUACCUAUUAUGUCAUUUCUGUUCUGUACCUUGGUAUGUAGCUUAAGUGCUCAGAAAAUACAGCCCUGGUUACAUUGUGUUAUCGAGCAGUUCCUGCGUAUGGUCAAAGCCUGUUUGUGACAUCAUGACAAAUGGAGUAUUAUAUAUAUAUAAAAAAAUCCUUUGUAUUUGGUUUUAAUUGCAGUGAAUUUUGUGCACCUGUGGAGAAAAUACUGCUGUCCAGUGUCUUAGCAAACAAUCAUCCAGUCGCCCUCAACUUGAAUCGUUCACUUCCUCAGGUCACUCGUUACUGUGUCCAGUUGUGUGAUGAGUUUCUUGCAUCACUGGGUGUUCUGCAAUGUCUCCGUGCUCCCCUCUGCAGGCGUCAAGAUCUUCCAAUGUUCUAGAGUUUAUAGGCAUUCGACGAAGUCCCCAGUAAUUCAAUAGUGUGAAAUAAUAUCAAAGGUAUAAAUGUGAACAUCAGUCCACUUGGCACGGAAUACCUAGCGCCCCCCAGUUUGAAUUGCUCAAUGACCAAUUUCAGCUAAAGAGGUUGAGCGAAGGUAUAUUUAAGGACAGUGACAGAUAUUGGUUUACAAAGUGUCCUAAGAUGCUUAGUAACCCUAAGUGUUAAACGAUCUAUGAAAAUGCUUGAUUUUAACCUUUUUCUUUUAGGAAAGCAGUUGCCUUCACGUAAAGCCUAUAUAUUUAAAUCAGCAUUCAGUUUGCAAUAAAAUAAUCCCUAUUAUGUAUUUAAGAUUAGAAGGAUUCCUCACAUGAAGAAAAUAAACAGUAGAUUUCAAUAUCGGUAAAUGGUUUUGGUCUCCAGUAUGGCUCCCUGCUCUGUGGUGGAUGUUAGAUGUCAAUCUUUACAUAGAUGUGAGAAAUUAUUUGUAGAGUGUAUCUAUUACCCAAAAAUUUUAAGUAUCUCUUCUUGUUGCAUGAAUGGAUAUUUUUUUAAGAAGAAUUAUAUGACACCUUUGAAUGUGAACAUUAAAAUGUUUAUUUAAAAAAAA